AUGGUGAAUCUUAAAGACCCCGCCCCUAGCGAGCCAAAAGAGGGAACCGAGCAGAAAGGUGCGGAAGAACCCCGUCGAGCCGAAGCGAAGGAGAAUUGGACCGAACCGACCGAUCUCCUGAACACAGUAAUCGCUUUUGCCGAGGAAGAAACGGCAGGGAUAGAUAGACCAUACACUGAUCCGCUGGUGAUCGAACUGACGAUCAGAGACCAUGACGUAGCAAGGGUACUCAUCGACACCGGGAUCUCGGUAGAUGUUAUCUUUAGAGAGACACUCAGAAGGAUGGGAAUCAACCUCUCCAAGGUGACGGCAGUCCCUAAACCUCUAACAGGAUUUUCAGGAGAAACAACAAUGACUAUGGGCACAAUCAGACUCCCCGUGAUGGCCGGCAGAGUCACUAAGAUCACCCAGCGAUCUACAACGUGA